AUGCAGGAGCGUUUGUGUGUAGAUCCUAAAUCAUUUUUGGGAAUUCAUUCGAAGGAGUCUAAGGUCUCAAGUGAUCAAGUUGCCUUUCUGUUUGCCUCUCACUUCUCAUCUGUAUAUGGUGUCCCGCGGUUUACUUCCAAUGAUUUAUCCGAUGAGUUUACAAACCAUCAGUUUUCAUUCCUUCUUUCUAAUUUAUCCAUAUCGAUUGAUGAUUUUAAUGUGGCUCUUAACUCCCUAUCAAACUGUUCUGGCCCGGAUGGCAUUUCUGCCAUUCUAUUGUACCACUGCUAUGCCUCUCUCAGCUUACCGGUUACUUUAAUUUUUAAUCAAUCACUUUUAGAGGGAGUUUUCUCUUCUGUGUGGAAAAUAAGUCGAGUUACGCCAAUGUUAAGGUCUGGCAAUUCUGCUGGUGUUGCUAACUAUAGACCCAUCUCCGGCCUACCUCUCCUAGGCUUGGUGUUGGAGAGCCACUUUUAUUAUGGUUUAGUUCCUACCUUAGUGAGCGUCGACAAUUUGUCAACCUUUUUGGUAAGUCAUCUGAGCUCUUCCGAGCAUCGUCCGGAGUUCCACAAGAUAGUCAUUUAG